AUGAGUCUGUUAAUCAUUUUGCUCGUGUGUCAAUCAAGCGCAAGUCAUUUAUAUGUUAAAAGAGGAGUAGGAGAUAAUAUUGACAAAAUCUCAAUCGGAUGGCAUGUGUUUCCCGAAUUAUAUAAUGACAACCAAACACAUUUAUACUUGUUUUGGAUGUCAGGUAAAAAUGGAUGCUUUAAUAUGUUAUGCAAAGGUUUCAUUCAAGUUGAUAGAUCAUACACUUUUGGUGCAUGUAUAUCUAUAACAUCUACUUUUGGCGGAACCAUAAUGGAAACGCCACUUCAAAUUGCACAGGAUAAAGGAGGCAAUUGGUGGUUAAAAGUGUUAAAUAAGGAUGUUGGAUACUUUCCUGCAGCUUUAUUCUCCUCAUUCAACGGAGCUGAUCAAGUGAAAUUUGAUGGUUAUACUGUAACUCCUGCGGGUACUGAUAGUCCUACAAUGGGUUCCGGACACAAACCUGAUGGUGACUUCACUCAUGCAUCUUAUUUUAGAUUUUUGAAAUUUUUGGAUAAAAUUCAAAACCAUUUUGAUCCUCUACCAUUUAUGGUAGGAAUAGACAAUGAUGCUCCUAAUUGUUAUGGUGUUACGAACUAUGAAGAUAGAAGAAGAAGUAAUGGAUAUUCUAUUCAAUUUGGAGGACCGGGUGGUAAAUAUAGUAAUUAA